CCAGAUCUCAGCUAACCCGACGAUCCAUAACUCCCCGAAGAAUCACUUUUCUGCUCCGCUAAAAGCUCUGUUUUUCAUUUAACAUCCCCAUUUCUUUAUUAUAUUGACGCUUUGCUUAUGAUUAGUAUGUUCUACCUUAACGUACUGAGUAUAAGUCAAUUAAUUGCAGCUGGAUUAAUUUAGCAUUUUGUUAUUGAUAGAAAAAGACCAUAUCUUUUGGUCAAGAUUGAGCUCAGUAUGGCUGGCCAAAGGAGUAGCUAUGGUAAACGUUCUAAUUCUCAGACACAAUCUGAGUAUGCAGAAAAUAAAAGGAGAAACUCUUUUGGGGGUGAUAAUAAAGAACGUACGUCCAUUGAUUCUGAGGACACAGUAUAUCGCUACCUCUGCCCUUUAAAGAAGAUAGGAAGCAUCAUGGGAAGAGGGGGCGAAAUAAUUAAGCAAUUAAGGGCAGAAACCAAGUCCAAAAUAAGAAUUGGCGAGACUGUGCGUGACUGUGAUGAACGUGUAGUUACUAUCUACAGCUCCAGCGAGGAAACUAAUGAGCUUGAUGGAGGUGGUGAAGGCCUUGUUUGUCCUGCCCAUGAUGCACUUCUCAAGGUUCAUGAUCGAGUGGCAUAUGAGGAGACUGGAGUUGAUGAUCAGUACUCUGGGGAAGAAGGUCCACAAGUGACUGCUAAGCUACUCGUACCGUCUGAUCAGAUAGGAUGUAUUAUCGGGAAAGGUGGACAGAUUGUUCAAAGUAUUCGUAGUGAAACGGGUGCUCAGAUUCGCAUUUUGAAGGAUAAACAUCUUCCCGCGUGUGCCCUUGACUCAGACGAACUACUGCAGAUAUCUGGAGAAAUGCAUGUGGUGAGCAAAGCUCUAUAUCAAGCCGCAAGUCGGCUUCACAAGAAUCCAUCUCGAUCUCAACACUUGCUUGCUUCAUCUGCUUACGCACCUGGUGGUAGUUCACUGAUGGGCCCCAGUCCAACUGCUCAAAUAGUGGGACUGGCACCACUAGCGGGCCCUUAUGGCAGUUACAAAGAUGAAGGUGGAGAAUGGCCUCCAAGGUCUGUAUACGCAGCUCCUAGACGUGACUCGUCUCCAAAGGAGUUUAUUCUACGUCUGGUAUGCCCAAAUGCAAAUGUUGGAGGUGUAAUCGGAAAAGGUGGGGCAACGAUCAACCACAUAAGGCAAGAGUCUAGGGCAUCUAUUAAAGUGGAUAGCUCAAUUGAUGAAGGAGAUGAUUGCCUGAUAGUUAUUUCAUCAAAAGAAAUUUUUGAUGACACAUACUCUCCAACAAUAGAAGCGGCAUUGCUCUUGCAACCCAGGUGCAGUGAAAAAGUGGAAAGAGAUUCAGGCCUUUCUGUAUAUACCAUACGCUUGCUUGUACCAAGCUCUUGUAUAGGCUGUCUUAUUGGGAAAGGUGGGUCCAUAAUUAAUGAGCUUAGGAGAAUCACCAAAGCUAAUAUUCGGGUCCUUUCGCGUGAAAGCCUUCCCAACAUUGCUGCUGAAGAUGAUGAGAUGGUCUUGAUUUCUGGAGAGCUUGAUGUAUCCAAGGAUGCACUUGUUCAAGUAACAUCACGCUUGAGGGCCAACCUUUUUGAAAGGGAGGGUGGUGUGUCUGCUGCUUUUGUGCCUCUUCCUUCAUAUCUAAUGCCAAUAGACCCCCCCGAUAGCUUUACAAAGUAUGAAAGCAGAGAUUCUGGAAGGCACGGACGUGGUCAUUCCUCUUAUUCUUCUGGUUAUGGUAGUGCGCAUGACAUGCCUCCCACUGAUGGCUAUGGAAGUUAUUCUACUUUUCAGAGUACAAGCAGUCCUAGAUAUGGAGCAUAUGAAGGAUAUUCUGUUGGUCGUUCUGGGACGCCUGAGCCAAACACUCCUUCACAUAGAAAAAGUUAUGGCUACUAAAUUUUCUGAGUGGAGCUGCACUUGAAAACAGCUGAUAUACCUGAAAGCUCGAGAAGCCAGCCCUGCCCACCACUGCCUUGUUCGAAAGCCUCCUCUCUAUCUAAACCAAAAGACCUGAUGAAUGAGGGGGACACUCAUGUUGCUUACCUCCUAUAUAUCUGAAGGCCAAAUAUCUCAUGCUCUUUAUCUAUACUAAUUUAAAAACCAUAUCCAUGUUUCCAAGCUUUGAUCUGACGUGCUCUCAUGAACCUUGUAUACCCAGCAAGCCUAUGACCACUCUUUCCUUAUUUGGUGAUUUGAUUAGAUGUAUCCAUGUUUCCAAGCAUUUUUUCAUGUAUUGUGCUAGAACUCCCCCAAUGUUUCUGGUAUUAUCAAUCAUUAUUAUUACUAUUAUAGUUAUCGAUAUUGUUGUUGUUAUUAUUAUUAUUAUUACUACCAUUGUCAUUAUUAUUUGUGUUAAAGACUUCUUAGUGUUGAUUAUUAUAGAGAAGAUGUGGUGUACUGCUAAUGUGAGAAGCGAUGAAUAUGCAGCUUAUGAGAUAUUGACAAGAUAUGAUGCAUGCUUAUAUUUGAAGGAUCCGAGGACUGGGAUGUGGUACGAAACUUGCAAAUGGUGCGGGAAAAAAGUGUAACUUGGGGGUUUCACGCGGAUACGGGAUGGUCAAGAAGCACAUUAAGUCAUUUGACAAAGCCAAAGGAUCGAGAAAUUCCGAUUGAUUACAAAAUGUAUUUCAUAUUGUAUUUUUUUCUCAAUUGUCAAAUGUAGUUCCUAUUUCAUUUCAAAUAAAUGCACUUGAAGUUUGUUUUCAGUACUUGUAUAAAACUAUAAAGUAUAAAUAAGUAAAAAAAAUUGGAUUUACCCAGCUCGGCGGGUGGCCCGACCUGUGAUUCGGACGGGUGGCCCGGCCUGAACUGAAACUGGCCUUACCUCAGGUCCGUCCCGGGCCCAUCAAUUAUAAACCAUAGGCCCGGCCCCGGGCCCGAACCGGCCUGAAUCCACCACUACUUGAACAAGCUUACCGUCUGAAUUUUACAAAAUUUCUGUAA